GCAGCUCAAACACCAGCAAAAGCAUAUCAGGCAGUGAAACAGUAGGCCACCAUAUUUGCUAGACACCGUCAUCAAGUCGAUUCGAUUCAUUCAGUUUUGUACAGUGAGUGUGUCGAGUAAGUCAUCUUUCUCCGAGACCUCUCGCUCUCCUUGGUGUAGCACCAUAACCAGCAGCCUUCAGAAAAGCAGAAGUUCCAGCGGGACAAACUCUACAACACUCAUCUCAGCAACCCAGAAACUAGCCGACAAACGAAACAACGAUGGCAUUAUCUGAGGAAUAUCCCGUAUAUUCUCCCUUCUUUGGAGUUAUGGGAGCAGCUGCUGCUAUCAUCUUUAGCGCCCUCGGAGCCGCCUAUGGCACGGCGAAGUCCGGCACUGGUAUUGCCGCUAUGUCGGUGAUGAGACCUGAACUGAUCAUGAAGUCCAUCAUUCCCGUUGUCAUGGCGGGUAUUAUUGCUAUCUACGGUCUGGUCGUCGCAGUACUUAUCGCCGGUUCGCUAGAGGAGCCAUCAAAAUACCCGUUAUACAAGGGCUUCAUUCAUCUUGGUGCUGGCCUGUCAGUAGGUUUCUCCGGUUUGGCUGCCGGUUUCGCCAUCGGUAUCGUCGGUGAUGCCGGUGUCCGCGGUACUGCACAGCAACCGAGACUGUUCGUCGGUAUGAUUUUGAUCCUCAUUUUCGCUGAAGUCUUGGGUCUGUACGGUCUGAUCGUCGCUAUCUACCUGUACACGAAAUAAGCAGUUGGUGCGAAAAAGAGAUGGUUCGCUGCUUAUCGUCAUCAACAAUCACAAUCAUCGCCAGUAACCAUUGUUAUCACCAGCAUCAUCAUCCUAUCAUCAUCAUCAUCGAUCGUCAUCAUCAGAAGGGAAGAGAAAAAAGGUAAACAGACUAGUAGCAGAAGAUCAUCGUAAAACUGCGAUAAACAGCAGCAGUGACAAUAUUUACCACGUCGAGAAGCGAACAUUUUCCAAUUCCUAGCAAAGAAAGCUUAAAGUCCACAUUGAUAUACCUAACAAAAGAAAAAAGAAAGGUGUCAAACAAGAACUGAAACAUCAGAUGCCUGUCCUUCCGGAACUAAAACAAAAGACUAUGUAUUUAUGUAAAAUAUUGUAUUUAAUUGUAAACCUAACCUAAGCCCCCCUGUCACGAAUUAAAAUGUUUAGUACGAGUCGUCGCAGGAAGAAGCGCACGAACGUCGUUCAUAGGUUAUUUUGGGAAGUUUUGAGAGCUAAACAUUAGUAACUGACUGUACAAAGCCAAUGCUAUUAAUCUAGAUAAUGUCAAUGCACCCUCACGUUUAUCGCCCAUAUUGGACGAAGUGAUGCAGUUCUUUAUGACUUCAGUAUAACCUGUAAAUCGUCGCAACUUUCUGGCGCACAUCUCGGAGGCAAAUUUAUUUUCCAUAGAAUAUUUUCUGGUUUUUCGGAUGUUCUGCAAUAAUAAUUAUGGUUUGAUUGCAAUAAACUUUUGUACCCCCUAUAACCAACAACAUGCAAUGGGGAUUCUCUCUAGCCAAUGUAAGAUCAUCAAGUUUGAAAAACAAAUGCAAGAGAGAAUGACAAUGACUAUUGUUAUCUUUUUUUAUCAUUUUUGUUAGGUUGAGUCUGUGAUAUAAGCUUCCAUCACAAAUAGGCACUAUUGAACACACACGCAAUGACGAAACCAUUCCCUUAAACUCAACCGAAUUCCAACUGUCAAAUGAAAAAUCACCCUCGAGGAAAUGAGUUUCGAGUGCUCCAACAUUCUAUUCAAACGCCCUUAUUCUGAAUAACGUCGUAUCGAUUUUACGACUGUAUUUCAUUUGUAUUCCCAAUAACGCUAGCAAAAUCAAAGGUAGCUAGGAUUCGAUCGAACCAUAUUCGAUUAUAAAUCAAUACGUCGUUAUUCUGAAUAAGGGUGAGAGUUCAGUGUUUUGUUUUACGUCCCGGAACGAUCUACUUCCACAUGGCAUAUUAUUGAAUGUCAGUCAAUGUGAUCAAUCAAGAGCAGUUUAGUUUUGAGUUCGUUACACAUAAGCGUUUAUAGUUAUUCCUAAAAGUGAAAAGUUGAUAUAUGCAUAAAACAAGAGCUACACACAAAUUAAUUGAACCUGUUCCAUAUCGUUAGCAUCCAUGUUCGUGUAAAACAUUCUUUCUUUCGUGGCGUAGGUUGCGUUAGGAUGAUCAACGACUUUGUAUUAUCUGUAUAAUAGCUACUGACUAGAGAAGAUCAAAAGACCAUUAAGAAUCAAGAGAGCGUAAUUACUGAUGAUUCGAACAAAUCAAAAAGAAAGUACCGAUUGAGCUUAGAGAGUCGCUCAAAAACAUCUGAGCUCGCGAAAAAUUAAGAAAAAGACAGAAAAGACACACACACCGAUAUAAAACGACACACACUUUUGUUGAUGAAAUAACAUCUCAGUUCAUCAACAGCAUUCAAAGAAUGAAUGGACAACAGAAAACAAAUGCAUGCAAGGAUAGCUUUGCGGUGCCACCCAUAUUAAGGGCGAAUCCUGCACUCGAUCCGACACGUUUGGAUGCUGUAACGUGGAGGUCGUGUGACACGAACAAACGCACAACCGUAUGUGGUGGAUGUCCGUGUAUUUUCCCGUUCAAAAUAUUCGGCCUCUGGCUUCCUGUAAAAAUUCAACAUCUUUUGGUCGGUGAACUGAAACUUUGUUCGGGGACUUGCAUCAUUAAGCUAUCUUUCCUGAAUGCAUUUGGUUGAUAACGAGAAAAAAUGUAAUCAAAUUGAAUUAUUGUUGGAGAAGACCACCACAGCUACCACCACUAUCAACCGAUGGAUACAUCCACUAAUCAACCAACCAACACAAGAACAAAAACAACUGGAUAAAUAUUUGCCAACAUCUUGAAUAUUCCUGUUUUGUUGUGAGGAAGCUUUAGGAACUUAGAAUAUUAUCGAUAAGUUGAACGAUAAAAACAAAAAAACCAUAAAAACAAAGUGAAAAAUCUACCGAAAUGACAUUUGAACAUAACAUCUGAUGAAUUCAAUAAAUUUAAAUGAAAAUAA